CUUCUGUUCAGUCCGCCCGCGACCACUGCACCUGCCGCGUUCUGUAUACCAAAUCCAAUCUUUAUCAAACCACUUCGUUUUGAAAUGGAUAAAACAAAUCGAAAAUAUGCUGCACUUUGAUUGAUUGUAUAGUUUUGAAAUCAAUCAAUGUUACGUUAUCUCGAAUGUACGACCAUCAGAUACCUGCAAUUAUAUUUUUGUGACGAUUUUUCGCUUUUCCCAUAGUUUUUGCCUACUUUUCCACAUUGGUUUUUAAAAAAAAAAAAAAAAAAAAUUUGUUUCAUUAGCAGCAAUUUUUUUCACUCCCUCCGGCUACCGUUUUAAACAAACUUUGAACUUCUGCUAAAUUCGCAUCGCAAAGCAUAUUGAAAUCUUGUAUAAACCGUAUAAAUUAUUAAAACGCAAGGAAAACCGAAGAAAGAUUAAAAAAGAACCCUUCAUUUUCGAGAUGAGUUCUCACGAUAAUCUCGGAUUUAUGUCGAGCACGAAUGCUGUGGAUAAUAAGGGAGACGCAUCUGGGCAGGCUCAUAGCAAUGGAGCAAUUAUACGGAAAACUCCUGCGGAUAGUGGAGUUAACACUGGCGGAUUUGAACUUGGAGAGCAAAAAAAGAAAUCCAUGAACAACGGACAAACUGAAAUCGCUUACGAUCCGUAUCUGAACAGAGAUAUUGAACAUCCCACAACUAACGGGGAAACGCUUCUUCAUCUGCUGAAAGGCAGCCUCGGCACGGGAAUUCUCGCGAUGCCAAAAGCUUUCGAGAACGCUGGUUGGGCUGUGGGGUUGAUAGGGACUCUAUUCAUCGGCAUACUGUGCACUUACUGUAUACAUUUACUCGUCCAAUCCGUGUACGAAAUGUGUCGACGUAAAAAAAUUCCGUCGCUCACCUACCCGGCUGUGGCUGAAAACGCGCUCAGCGAAGGACCAAAUUUCUUCAGACGUUGCUCCAAAGCUGCUCCGCUCGUAAUCAACAUCUUUUUGUUGAUAUAUCAACUUGGGGCAUGUUCCGUGUACGUUGUAUUUAUCGCGACCAAUAUUAAGACGGCCUUGGAGCCCCACGUACCCACCAUAGAUCUUAGAUUGUACAUGUUGAUUCUUCUAGUGCCAUUAAUUGUUAUAAAUUGGGUCAGAAAUCUGAAGUUUUUGGUUCCAUUUUCGACGAUUGCCAACAUCGUGACUUUCGUCAGUUUUGGAAUAUUACUUUAUUACAUAUUUCGAGAACCAUUGGAUUUUUCAGGACGCGAACCCGUUGGAAUGUUGUCAAAUUUUCCACUGUUUUUCGGCACGGUUCUCUUUGCACUGGAAGCUAUCGGCGUGAUCUUGCCGUUGGAAAAUGAAAUGAAAACACCAAAAUCGUUUGGCGCACCGUUUGGAGUCCUCAACAUUGGAAUGACGGUCGUAAUUUUCCUCUAUUUGGCAGUUGGAUUAACUGGAUACAUCAGAUAUGGAAGUAGCGUCCUUGGAAGUAUAACUCUUAACCUUCCGAAUGAAAUUUUAGCCAGAUGUGUACAAGGUUUACUAGCGCUUGCCAUAUACAUAUCACAUGCUUUGCAAUGCUACGUAGCCAUUGAAAUAACCUGGAAUGAAUAUCUCGGACCCAAACUGGAGAAAAAUUCUCAUAGACUGUUGUGGGAAUAUGUUAUGAGGACUGGUCUCGUUGUCAUUACUUUUCUCUUCGCCGUGGCGAUCCCUAAGCUCGAACUUUUCAUCUCCCUGAUCGGCGCCCUCUCGUUAUCCGGACUAGGUCUCGGUUUUCCGGCGAUAAUCCACACGUGCGCAUUCUGGAAAGUGACUCAUGGUAGUCGGAAGAUAAUAAUGGUCGCCAAGAAUUCAUUCGUCGUAAUUUUUGGUAUCCUAGGACUCGUUGCCGGAACUUACACCAGUUUACGAGACAUCGUCGAAACUUUCGUUUGAAGAGAUUCACGUCGCUUUUCAGUCAUUUUUGGUAUCCCAGGUCUCAUUAGCGGUACUUACAUAAGUGUACGCGACAUAGUAGAAACUUUUUUGCCAGUUAAAAACAAAGUAUAGAUAAUAAGAUUAACAAUAAUUCAUUCCAUACGACUUGUACGGAUCGAAACGGGGUAACGUAUGUACUGUUAGUAACAAUACGCGCUCUGGAAUUCUCCAAGAAUUUUCCCUAAGAAAAUACAUCAGUUGUAGUUACAUAAAAGGAGACCCAUAUCUAACUAUUCGAUCACAUAAAUGUAAACGUUUUCAAAUAGAACACCUUGUAAAGGUCGCGUAGCGCCUGAUUUCUCGCAACUCGCGCAUUGAGGCGUGCGUCAUUUGUGUUGUGGGUUUUCAGGCGCAACGGAGGGUCAAAUAACAUAAACAAUGUUCAUCGUAUGUAUGGUAUCAUAGAUAUAUCGACCAAUAUAUCUAUGAUAAUAUCGUAGCAUAGAUAUAUUUAUAUCCAUGAUCAUAGUAUUAAAUAAUACGUACAACUUGUACACUCGAAAAUUUUGUACAAAAAUCUUUGUUCUCCAUGUACAGAUAUCAUAAUGUGUAAAAUUACAUUAAGCUUCGUCGAUUAAAUCUAUUAUUUAUUACAAAUAAUACGAAUUGAAAAAAAAAGUAUGAAAAAAAAUAGAAUCAUCCCAGUUCAAUUAUUCUAGUUCAAGGUAUACGUAUCAUGGUCAUUUAAAUUCCGUAGGCAGGAGGGUGUUUAUUUCUUUUCCAUUUGUUCCCUAUUUUUCCAAAUAGGAAUGUUACCACUUUAUCAAUUAUGUUAUAGGUAGAUUUUUAUGAAAAUUUUUUACACGCAUGUACACGCGAAUAUGUAUGUGUAUGAAAUUGAGUAACCCAAAGUAAUUUAUUGUUUAAGAUUGUGACAGUGAAAUGUCCGUUGAGAUAGUAUGCGUGUGUGAGAGAAAGAGAGACAGAGCGAAAAAAUAAAUUAAAGAAAGCGAAAAAAAAAAAAUAGAUAAGUGCGAUAAUAGUUACGUGUAUGCGUGCGAAUGCAUGCACGUAAUAUGUAUAUGCGAUACACUCUCAUUAGAGUUUG